AUGUUUAAAAAGAAGCCUACGGUAUCUGACCCCUCCCCCGCACUACCCCUCCAUCAAAGCUUGCUGGACCAGAUCAAAAACCUCUCUCCACUACGAUCGUCUGAUCGUAGGAAGAUCGCAGAUCAAAUCAUCAAGGACUACCAGAUUCCCAUUCCCUCAAAUUCCACCGAAGCAAGCUCUUCUGCUCCCGCCUCGAGCCUCACAUCGAUCAGGAAUGCGCUCCUUCCUGAGAACUCCCUGACUGCCCGUUUCACAACAACAGCAGGCCCAGACCUGCGCGAACUUCAAGGAAUCGUAUAUGUUGGCACACAUCCCGAUGGCGAUGAACGGGUGCUUUGGUUCAAGCUGGAACAUGGUCCGGGGGCCGAUAAGCGACUAUACCCAACCGUUUACACAUUAUGGCACAACCCGAACCUGGUUCCCCUACUUUACACACCGGAGUUUGUAAUGGGAAAGCUCCAUGGUGGAGCUGAUCUCAUGACACCCGGCCUGGCAAACGAACCGCCGUUCCCCGAGAGGGCGGUCAAGGGCGCCGUUGUCGCGGUCGCGAGUGUGAACAGACACACAGUGCCACUUUUCGUAGGCAUCUGUGAGAUUGAUGUCUCAGCAUUAGGGGACGUGCAAGGCACAAAGGGGCAUGCUGUCCGCGGAUUGCAUUGGGAAGGAGAUGAGCUUUGGGCGUGGAGCUCCGCAUCACGGCCGGGUCGUCCAGCUCCAGAAUAUCUGCAGGGCUGGGACGAGGAUGAACCCGAGGACGUCGAGCAACAAAUGGGAGAAUUGUCGAUUGAGGAUAACAAGGCUGCUCCCGCCUUGGGGGAGAGUGACAGCCCAAGCGAUGACGCUGCUCCAGAAGAAGAACCUGUGGUCGAAGUGGAGGCACCUACAACGCAGGAGAUUGAUGAGGCUUUUGUCAAUGCCUUUGUCUACGCCCUCUAUAAACUCAAGCAGGAUAACCCCUCAGCAGCGGAUCAUGGCCUUCCACUGCCAAUCUCUGCAUCGGCAUUGAUAGCCAACUUCACUACCCCUUAUCUCCCAGUUUACACCCCCCAACAGGCUCAGCACUAUAACAUCAAGAAGACCAGCUGGAAAAAUGUGAAAAAGUUCAUGAAAUAUCUUGACAAAUUGAACCUUGUCAAGUCCAAGGAUCGCAAUGGUCAAGAGACCAUUAUCUUGGAUGUGGACUUUGAGGAUUCUCGGAUAGCUCGAUUUGUCCCAUACAGACUACCUUCACCACGCGCCCUAGACAACAGCAAACCAGCAUCUGAAGGCAAAAAGCCUGCGGCGACCGAUGACUCCGAUCCUUCAAUUGGCCAGACGGUCACUGUGCAAACAUUGUAUCGGCCAUCAGGGAAGUUGAUGCCAACUCUCUUCCCUGCUCUGGCUGCUGGCAACACAAAUAACUUUUACAAACACUCCGAGGUGUCCAGUCACUUGGAUGAAUAUCUCCAAUCCCAGAAUCCGCCCAUCAUUGCAAAGGAAAACCGACGAAUUAUCACACUCAAUCCUUUUCUUGCAAAUACUGUCUUCACUUCAUCCUCUACGGAGGACAAAGGCACGCUUGCACGUGGAAAGGUCACUCGAGAUGGUCUCUUGAAGAGAAUUUUGGAAGACAAGGCCUUACUCCAGCCGCAUCAUGUCAUUCUGAAGACCGGGCAAACAAUUGCAGACGUCAAGCCCAAGGCCGGUGCCGCGCCAAAGGUCACCGUAACACUGGAGAAGCGAACAGGUUCUAAGACUGUUACUAAGAUCAUGACUUUGGAAGUCUUCGGUAUCAUUCCCACUUUGUUAGCACAAGAGCUGCAGAAAAAGUGUGCCGGCAGCACUAGUGUCACACAAGCCACAGGUGCUCCUAAGGGGAUUAUGGAGGUCUUGGUGCAAGGUGAUCAGCGGAAAGCCGUUGAGACAGCGCUUGUUCGCCGUGGACUAAAGCCACAGAUGAUUGAGGUUGUGGAUAAGACCAAGAAGAAGAAAUGA